GAGUGUCCCCAGUGCUUCAAAGCGUAAAAAACAUAGAAGAAUUGAAAACUUCAUCUAAUUUAUUGUGGUAUUUAGGUCACUACCUUGAGGGUUAGUUUGGCAUUACUUUAGUUUAAAAAAACUUGUGCAAGUAAAUGAGUGUCAUUGUAUGUUUUCUGGUGUUUUAGGUGGUGAGCAGUUCUAUAAAUUAAACAACGAGGAAGUACGGCUGCUAAGUAAAAGAACAUCAAUUUUAAGAAUACGAAAGGGAUUAUAAAUACUAAGCAUACGAAGCGUAAGGAGUCGUUGUUUUGCGUAUACGCGCGACGCACGCGCCUCAUGUCUCAGUAAUAUAUCAAGCAGAGCUGAUAUUAUAUCGCCGUCAUGCAGAGGACAGAAGCUGUUAAAGGCCUCGAAGCACUUCGUACAAAGCUGAGUGAAAGAACAAAAGACACAGCUGCAUUUGUUUAUUUCGUUGGAGAUCGGGACUCUGAGACCCAGAUAAGCUGGUGUCCGGACUGCGCUGCUUCGGAUCCCGUGAUAGAAGACGCAGUAAAGUCAGCUAAGCCGAAAGCCACAGCAACUUUUAUCACAUGUGAGGUUGGCGACAAGUUAUUCUGGAAAGAUGAGACCAACGACUUCCGCACCUCAGAGGACCUAAAACUGACAUCUAUUCCCACCCUCCUACGUUUUGGAACUGUAGGCGCUUCUUCCGAUUAA